GGCACCCUCUACAACUGGUGACCUUACAACUCCUUCAAGUAAGUAGCCUUUACCUCGGCCGUAUAGUAAAGUACAGAUCAGACAUGAUUGGUAAAUAUAGCCCAAUGAAUGCCAGGUUAACCUUUCUCCCGUGCAGAUGAUGGUCCAACCGGCCUUACGACAUGGAACCAACAGGAAGAUGACAGACACAACGGCCCUGCCCGAGGUCAUCCUCGGCUCCAGGGCCCAGAGAGCCGGCCUGAUGGAGAUCGCGGUCCGGCUGUGCUUGAACCAGCGUCAGGAGCUGUGUCCUCACGUCUGGGUGCCCAUCCUGAAGCCCCAGCGGCCCUGCAUCCGUCCGCCGCCCAAAACACUGUGCCCAGAAUACGUAGACCCCCUGCUGUCCUUAAUCAUGGAGGACAUAUUACUAGAUGACGACGACGAUGACGAUUACAGCGCCGGGGUGCCGGUCAAAAACAAGCGCGUGGUUUUCGCCGACUCCAAGGGACUGUCUCUGACGGCCGUGCGGUUGUUCUCUGAGGACCAGGACUCGGAGCGUUUCUCCCUACGGCCCCCGGGCCCCCCGCCCUCGCUCCAGCGGCUGGGAGCCGUCAUCAAGCCCGUCCUGUCGACGGACGAAUGCUACAGCUGCACGGUUGCCACCUGCUGCCCAGGGACGAGGCUUCAGCUGGACUUCCCCCAGCCGUCAGCGGACUUCCAGGCGCUCCGAAGCCGGCUGGCCCGGGACAUGGUGGUGCUGGAGAGCUGCGCCGUCCUUACGGAGUCGGCUGUCCUGCGGGGCACGGCGCGAGUCAAGAAUGUCAGCCUCCACAAGGAUGUGCGCAUACGCGUCACGUUCGAUUCCUGGCAGAGCUACAGAGACGUGCCCUGCACGUACUUGCCGACACGGUACGGCGGCCCGCAGACGGACAUCUUUGAGUUCAUCGUCCCCGUGCCAAAAGUGCUCGACGCCAAGAAAAGGAUCGAGUUCUGCUUGAGCUAUCUGCCCGACGGGCACAGCCAGCCGUUCUGGGACAACAACGAGGGACAGAACUACGGCGUGCUCAUCUGCGUGAGCUCCCAUCGGUGUCCAGGCAGGACUGCCACGCCACGCAUAAACUACUGAAGCGACCACUGAAUUAAAUGAUAAUGAGCUUCAAUUAAAGAAAAUACUGACUGGGUGCCCCGAGGGUUCACCGGGUAGAGCUCGAACCAUUAAGGCCCAGUCCUUACUGCAGCGACCGGGGUUCGAUUCCUAGCCGUGGUACUUUGCUGCAUGUCUUCCACUCCAUCUCUCAUACCUUCUGGUUUAUCUCACUCUACAAUAAAGAGGAUAAAGUCUAAAAACAAAAAAAUAACUGA